CCAGUUUGUCAGCUGAUUGUGUGGUCUUGCCAUGGCUUGCCUCGGAAAUAUACAUGGGAAUUUAUGAAGCCUCUCAGUGGACGUUUCGCCUGGACCCACCGUUUCUAGUCUAGGCGUUGCUUCCACUAGAAGUGCCCUUUCAAGCGAUAUGAUCGUGUAAAACUUCUUCAAAAAGAAGACUAAGUCCUGGCGGUCUCGGGUGUUGGGACGCUUUUGCGUGCCGCGAGAAACCGUUCCGCAAGGCAUGGCGGCCGAGGCGGCGGUGUGUGGGUCGGUGUGGGACGGCGCGAUCCCCGUGAGGGUGGUGCUGGACAGCAAGGAAGUCGCCGUGUCGUCCCCCCCGGAUGCACUCUAUCUCAUGGUGCGGCGCAUGUCGCUGCUUCCUCUGCUCAUCCCCGCCCUCGCGGCCCACUUCCACCCCUCCCUGCCACCGGGCCAUGACACGGUGUGGCUCGACUUCAACGGGCUGCCCCUCAAAUGGAACAUCUGGUGUGGCGUGCUGUUCGAUGUGCUGUGCCCCGAGCAGCACCUGCCCUGGAACCUCACUGUUCACUUCCGGUCGUACCCAUCAGACGUGCUGCUGCCGUUGGACCAGACGGACACCGUCCCGCACACAUACAUGCACGCCCUCAAACAGGCAGUGAGUGUGCUGCAGGGCAGUGUGAAGGCGGUCAUGCAGCUAUCCCAGGCCGACCACGCUCAUCUCUGGACCGCCGUCUCCUCAGGCGACCUGGAGUCAUUUCAGCGCCUUCUAUCGCUUCUCAACGUCCCUCUCUUCCUUCCGCCCCUCUCCAUCUCCUCCUCACCCUCUCUCCGCGCUCUUGCCCUCCAUCACUCUUCCCGGGCCCUCACUGCCCCUCAAGCCCCCAGACAGCCGACUAGUGACCCGCCUCUCCCUCCGGUCCCCAUCCGCCUGCUCGUGCGCCGUGGUGUGCUUCCCGCCGCCUCCCCCUCCCCCUCUGCUCCUCCCCACCACCACUGCCACGGCGCAGCAGGCACGGCAAUUGCAUCAGUGGGUGCAACAGGAGGGGGAGGGGUGGUGGCGGAGGUGGGGGCGUUGAGGAGCUGGCGGGACGUGGAGAUGUGCAUGCGCGUGGUGGGGGGGGGGCACGCGGAGCACGCAGCAGGCCAGGCAGCCAGUGCCAUGGAAGAGCUGACCAUCGGCGCGGCUCUUGCGGCAGCCGUGCCUCAGUUGGCCUCCUGCUUCGCCCCCAUGCCUGCUCGUGCACCCGCAGCAGCGCAUCACCCAAGCCGUAGCGCUGCGGGCAGUGCAGCGCGCAGCGAAGCAGAGCUGGCAGGAGAGUGGGGGGGGGAAGCAGCAGGAACGAGGGACGACGGGGAUGGGGGGGAGGAGGGCCGGCAUGAGCAGCAAGGGGGGGAGAGGGAGCUGGUGGGUGGUCGGGGAGGGGAAGAGGUGCAGCAAGCUGCAGAGAGGGAGGGCAGGGCUUGUGAACUCGGUGGUCAUGGCAGUGGCACUGGUGGAGGCAGUGGUGAUGGGGGAAGAGGAGGAGAGAGCAGCAGCAGUGGGGGUGAGACGUGCCCAUGUGUGAUGGUGUGUCAGGGGGUGGUCAUCCCUCCCCACACCCCCCUAUCAUGGCUGGCCCAUAACAUGGUGGCGCCUGACCUCUUCCUGCACAUCUGCCUGCUGCUGCCGUAGCACCCCCUGUACAGCCCUGUCAGCCAGGGGAUGGGGGACGCCAUCAAGCUCAUCAGGGAGGAGUGAUUCAUAUUGUGUAGAUACUCCAGUAGCCUUGUACUGUACUGCAAUUCAAUUGUUAGGCUGGAGAACUAUUAAACUGUGCUCCAGUAGUGAGGUAUCAAGCAUUAUUAUAUUUUUUAACACACGCAGUGUUU